GAAAACCCAGUGGGUAUACGGGGCAAGGCAGGGCAAGGCGAAGGAGAGCGAAAGAGGGGCUAGGGUUUUGAGAAAGAAAAGGUCAGCGAAGAUGAUCGAGGUGGUGCUGAACGAUCGGCUGGGGAAGAAGGUGCGGGUGAAGUGCAACGAGGACGACACCAUCGGCGAUCUCAAGAAGCUGGUGGCGGCGCAGACCGGGACCAGGGCCGACAAGAUCCGCAUCCAGAAGUGGUACACCAUGUACAAGGACCACAUCACCCUACGCGACUACGAGAUCCACGACGGCAUGGGCCUCGAGCUUUACUACAACUAAUCGAAGGGCCAGCAGCAUCAUUCAGGCCUUGUUGUUAGGAAGCUUCUAGUUUUUGGUUUUCAAAAUUCUCACUACUUUAAAGUGAAUUGUCUCACGCGAUUGAUGUGGUCUCAUAUGGCAGGUGAGUUGGUUGUUCCAAAUGCAUGCAGGUGUCGCUUAUGGUAGAACAAUUGAAUGUGGAAAAAUGUAGGUAAUUUGAUAGUUGAUAUGAGCCAUGAUGUUGGCAACAAGGACUAAUGGAUGCUUUGUGUGUGUAUUCAAUCUUACAAACAUAAUUAAGCAUAUGGUUGCUAUCUAGUUUGUUUGUGGACGUAGAAGUUUGUACCGGUGUUCCUGAACAAUUAUGAGACAUUUUACUAGUCUUCUUGUGGUAAUAUGAGCCAUGAAGUUUUGCUGA